AUGGCGUUUUUGGCAAAGUGCAUCGUGAUGAUUUGGAUAGUAACUAAAUGUCGCACAGAAGGUUGGUAUACGUAAUAGCUUUGUUAUUCACAUAAACAUCCUGUUAUUUUGACAUGGGGGCGCACAUGCUUUGAGUUAAACACAUUGAUAUUUCAUCUUUAUCAAAAAAAAGAAAGCAGGUAUUUUCCCCAAUGUGUUAUAUUACCUAUUGUUAACAACGUUGAUCAGUUAGUGUAGCAGCUUUGCAAUUUAUUACAUCCCAAAAGACAAACACAAUUAACCAAAAAGAUUCACUCAGUAACUCAAGUUCUUUGUAUAUAUAACGACAGUUUGUUCGCAAUCUGUUUAAGUGAGCAAGUAGAUUCUCCUGUCUCCGGCCCGAAGGGUGCCAGUUGAUUGAAUUAUUACCCGACCGACCUGUACAAGAGGUAAUGGAUGCUCUGAUGAGCGUCUCUAACUUUUUGAAGGAGACCAGUGACAAUUUAUUUACCCAAGGAUUACGUAAAUACAAUACAACUCAUCACCUUUAUUUGUGAACUGAAUUGGCACAGAGGUAUUCCUCAUAAAGCCGCCCAUGCAGACUAAAACCUGGUGUCACUAAUCUUUUGAUCCAGCCGGAUAACAAUGGUGGACGACCGAUUGAUCUGAUUAGCACGAGAAGGGUUUGUGCGCUCGUCGAUGAGUUCUAUUGCAGUAUUAAGUACAAGCAAUUGCACGAUUUAAUAAGGAACCAGAGAACUUUACAUUAUUCUGACAUUCAAUAGCUCUAGACCCUCCAGCCCCCUAAUAUCAUGAUAAAAACAUUCGGAGACACUCUUCAAUGAAAAUAUGUAUUAAUUGUCGGAAACGAAAUUUUGAAUUAGAUCCUCAAACUUCAACGCGAAAAGUGCGUUUUUCAAACCGGCUCCUACACACCAAUACUUGAACUGAAUAACUGAAGCCUGUCCUUUGAUUUCUGAAUACUCCGUGGACCCAGUUUGUAAAUCUGUUGUGGCGUUUGUUUAUCUAAAUUUUCCUUUACAUAUCAUGAUGCGGAAUUGAAUAACAAAUUUCAAUAGUUCUAAACUAUACUUUAACCUAUUAUAUAUAUUCAAAAAGUAAACAAAUAAGGCCAAUAGUCUGCAUGAGGAUUUCAAACCUUCGACCUUGAAAUAUCCCGAUAUCCGCGAGAUGCUUUUACCGAUGCCACUAUCGACUACUUUAAAAGGUCUUUGUGAGACUAAAUACCUGGCGUUUUGGCUGAUGUUAUAAAAUUUAAAGAUGUUUUCAGAGGAUUUAAUCGCUCAUAAUCAGCCUUAGGGGAUGUCACCUCGGCCACUAGAGCAUAAAAGUCGCGAUUUCAUGAGUAAACGUUCGUCACAAUUAGAAAAAAAGCAAAUACAAGUUAUAACAAAAGAAAACAGCUUGAUAACUUUAAACUAGGAUAGAAAUUUUCAGUAAGCUGGAAAAGGUGGUUGAUAUCAGGGAAGGCUUAAUAACCUAUAAGCCCCAUGUAGAGAGCUUUGUUGCAAGAGCGCUGUUGUAAAUGAUUGUUACACAGCUGGAAUCUAUGGUUUGAAUUGUUUCACUUAGUUGCUGUCACUUCCAAUGAUUUAUGAAUAAGGGUUGUCAAGAGAUCCAUAAAUUAUUGCAAUAAAAAUUGUUUCAAUGGUAUGCUAGAAACUUCAUAUUCAACCGGCGAAACCCUUCCUGUCGCUCUGACCAUUCAAGUUGCAAGAAAUCGUCGAAGCCACAGAUCUUACAAGAAUGAAUAUGUUAACUCACAAGAGAGAAAAUCAAACUACUCUUUUAAGGAAGGAAAGAUCUCUCUCUCAAUCUUAAAGCUAAAAAAGAGUGAAAAGAAAAAUUUCCCCUCAUUUGAAUAAAAAAAGAGACGCUUAAGUCAUCUCUUAGAGUAACUAAUGUCGUGAACAACGACAAGACACUUCAUGAUAUCUGACACAACUUUAUAUGCAAGGACUGCAAAUGGAAAUUUACGCUUGCAUAAUUUUCCCCUCAGAAUUACACUUUCUUGGACCUAAAAAGAAUAUUCCGGAGGUUAGAUGAGUGUAAAAGAUUAUACUGAAGAAACGCAAACGAGAUUAAGCUAUGUAGAAGGCACAAACAAUUUUUGCUGUGACCAACGUGUGAGCCAAUUUGCUGAAGAAGAAUGACAUCGGGUUCGUCGUUUGUUCGUCUUAGUUAUAUGAUUUGUAACAUUAGUAUGCGGAUAACAUUUCUCAUUGUUUCAAAACUUUAACAGGCUCAAAUGCUGCUGCAGAACAGGAUUUAAUUAAUGACCUGCUAAAGGGGUACAACAAAGAUGCCCACCCCAUACCAGAACAGAACAAGAGUCUGUACAUGGUCACGUUUGGUUUGGAAUUGGUCCAACUCGUCAAUGUAGUAAGUGAAACCAAACAAAUUCUGUCAAUGUCAAUAAAGUUAGUUUCAUUUUGCUUUUUCAAAGUUUAGCAGGGUUUUAGUUCACUGGACUUUACCAGAGUAUUUCUUCAAGGAACGUUAAUAUUUCCCCACAAAUAUUCCCGCUGAGGAAGUGAGGUACUGUUUUCAGACGAAUGACAUCGAACAUUGCAUUAAACUUCUUUUUUUUUUCUUUGUUUAGGAUGAUAAAAAUCAGAUUAUUACUACAAACGUGUGGGUGCGACAGGUAUGCAUAAGCCAAGCUUGUCACAGCUGUUUCCUUACUGGGAACUGAUUAGAUCAAGUGACCACCACAAACCGUAUAAUAUUAAGCCAAGCUUUAAUAAUUAUUCGAUCUAAAAGAAAUACAUUUAUAAUUCGCAAUUAGAACAAACGCAAAUCAAGUCUUUAUCUUGUAACUGAAUUCAAAAACUUCAAUAUAAACUUACUUCUGUGGCGGGUCGUUACAACAGUCUCACUUUACGGGUUAGCAGAUUCUCCAGGUAAGCGGAUUUAGAGACAGAAAAACGAUAACAAAAUAACUUCUUUCUCACUUCGAUUCUGCUGAAAACUGACUUAAACAUAAUAAUCUAACGCUUUUAAAUCAAUCUAUUGAAUUAAUGUCAAUCACGAUUCUUGUCAUCGAAUAAAUCUGUCAACACGAGGCAACGCCUAUUUAUUAAACGAAACAUUCUCCGCCCCGAUAAGGGCGUAGUCCUUAUCCUUCUUGAAGUCAGCCUAAUUUUAUUUAGUCGUAUCCCUCAGCAGGAUAUAUAACAGCAAUCUUGGUGACUGGGCGGCUGUAUUCUCCGGCUGGUGUUUUACUUUGACAUUACGGACUCGGCCAUCUGUCCCGGGAUACACCUCGAUUACUCUGCCGAUGGUCCAUUUACCUCGGAUAGCAUUGUUGUCCGCCAUGACUACAAUGUCAUCGACUUGAACGUUUCGCCUUUCUGUAUUCCAUGCCUUCCUUAUCACUAGCGCUGGCAGUACGUCUCUGCUCCAACGUUUCCAGAAUGACUCCACAAUUUUCUGCACAAAUUCUACACGGCGUCGCGGGUUUUUGUGUCUUUGAAUGGGCCUUGAGGAACUUCCGGUGUUGCUCUUCCAAGAAGCAUGUCGUUCGGGCAUAAAUAUUUGCCGUCAUCCGGGUCAUUUGGAACACGGCCGAUCGGGCGUUGAUUAACGAGAUUUCCAACUUCUAGCAGACAUGUGUAUAACUCGAACGGACUUAGAACCUGUUCUCCUAUUGCCUUCUUCAAAGCACGCUUACAACUUUUGACGAGUGCCUCAGCACAUCCGUUCUGAUGAGGGGCAGCUGGAGCGGUGAACAGCCAGUUGAUACUUCUUUCAGCGCAGAAAUCACGGAGUUUGUCAGAAUCUAAACCUUCGACCAUUUCGCGCAAUUCCCGCUCUGCGCCAACCAUUUGUGACCCAUUGUCGCUCAAUAGCACUGCCGGGUAUCCACGGAUAGAGAAAACCUUCUUAGCACCUGGAUAAAUUCCAUUGUUGAUAGGUCAACAGCUAGUUCCAGAUGGACGGCUCUUGUGUUUAAGCACGUGAAGAUGACGCCAUAGUGCUUUCUUGUCUUGUUGCGCCCUAUCUUCACAUUGUAUGGACCAAAGUAAUCGCACGAGGAAUAGUAGAACGGAGGCGUUUGCGGUGCUAAACGGAGAGCUGGCAGGUCUGCCAUCAACUGCGUCUCUGCCUUGUGUGCCAUUUCUCGACAAGAAACACAUUUAAAUUUCACAGCCUUACUGAGCUUAUUCGCCUUCAAGAUCCAGUAUUUUCGUCUUAUUUUUGCAGUCGUGGUUGCUACUCCAGGAUGCCCAUGGUUGUGCAUAUGGCUUGUAAUCAACAGGGAUAUUCUGUGCUCAUUGGGAAGCAGCACUGGGUGUUUUUUUCUUCGUAGGACACGAUUGCUUUGUCAAUCCUUCCUCCGACCCUGAUGAUCCCCUUGUCGUCUAUAAAUGGGCUUAAUGUCUUGAAGUCUCCAUUCUUCAUUCGGCUCUUUAAAUCCUUUUGAGCACUUUUGAUCCAUGACAUCUCAGCCUUCUUCAACUCAUCAGGCAUGAGAGGUCCUUCUCGUCCGCUGAGUGUGUUUCUUCUGAGGCGUAUCUUCUCUGUUAAUCGCCUUAUCCACGCGGUAACUCGUAUCAGUUUUCGCCAACUGGAGAAAUUCUCCACAUCGAUUACAUUUCCGACAUCUGCAGGCGGGACUGUAGUGGUAGCAUUAACGUGGCGACACUCCAUAUUUCCUUCUUGUUGCAGUGUAGCUGUUUGGACUGGCCAUUGUUCCUCUGGCAGUUUUAGAAAUUCCGGGCCGUUCAUCCAUCUACCCGUAAGCUGCUUUACAUGCAAUCCUCGCGAGACAUCAUCUGCUACGUUUUCUUCACCGGGAAUGUGCUUCCACUGGCUUGGGUCCGAGUUAUUCUGGAUCUCCCCGAUCCGUGCUGAGACAAACGGCUUGAAACUGCGGGAAGGACUUUGAAUCCAGGCAAGUGUGAUGCUGCUGUCAGUGAAGAAUUUGACAUCGGCGAAUUGAAUCGUACACUCUUUCACUAUCGUUUUCGCGAGGCGGGAGGCGAGAACGGCUGCUUGUAAUUCCAGGCGUGGAAUUGUUAGUUGCUUUAGGGGUGCCACUCUAGACUUAGCGGCAACGAAGUUUACUUCAUAGGUGCCUUGUUUCGUUUUCUGGCGGAUGUACGCGCAGGCCCCAAAUGCUUCUUGUGAGGCGUCUGAGAAGACACACAGUACUGGUAAUUCUGGAGUUUCGGGUGGAACCAGACACCUCUUGAAACCAAUCCGGUCAAGUUCCUUCAUUUCCUUGAAGAGCUGGAUCCACUUAUCUUUUACAUCAUAUGGAAGCUCAUCGUCCCAGUGAAGACCAAUCUGCCACAGUUCUUGUAAACCUAUUUUGGCUCUGAUGACGAAUGCGGCAGCGAAUCCAAUGGGAUCGUAGAAGCGGGCAACUUGACUGAGAAGAGUUCUCUUGGUCAUCUUUACUCUACGGUCUACUGAAUAAUCUGUCAGGCACAGUAAAUCCACUUUAACUUUGAAGCUGAACUCAUCUGUAACAUAAUUCCAAAUCACUCCAAGCACCUUUUCUUCAACUUCUUCCUGGAACAUCUUGAACUCAUUUUCCUGAUUUUCUGUCUUGGUUAGAAGUUUGUUCGACGUCCAGCCCUUCACGCCAAACCCUCCACUCUCGAGUACUUUGUCUAGAUCUUUUGUCAACUUCUGAGCUUGUGCUACAGUGUCUACAGAACCACAAAUAUCAUCCAUGUAGGAAUUCUUUGUGAGCACCUCGGCUGCUUCUGGGUAGUCCUUCUUGUUUUCUUCAGCUGUUUUUCUUAACGCAAUUUGAGCCAUGGCAGGCGCUGGCUUAUCACCAAACGUCAGGACUGUUUUUACGUACACAUCGGGUUCUCUUUCCGUUUCCAAGUUUCUCCACAGGAACCGAUGAACAUGUUGAUCCUCUUCUGGGAUGCGUAUACGGUGAUACAUUUUGGAUAUGUCACCCAUCACUGCUACUUCUUUUUCUCUAAACCUCAAGAUUACUCCAAACAGAUUGUUCAACAAAUCAGGCCCCUUAAGCCAAUAAUCAUUCAGUGCGUGACCUUGAUAGACUGAAGAGGAGUUGAAGACGAUUCGUACGGGUGUGCUCUUCUUCUCAGGUCGAAUAACGGCAUGGUGUGGGAUGUAAUGCACCGGGCCUUUGUAAUUAUCCAUUUCUUUUCUGGACAGCUUUCUUGAGAACUGCAUCUCCUUCAUUUCUUCCAUCUGUUUGUCAUAAGCCACUCCUUUUUCUGGGUCUUUCUUAAGGCGUCUCUCCGUACUUUCCAACCGUUUCAUCGCCAAUGGCUUAUUAUCCGGCAACAGCAUGGGGUCUUUCUUCCAGGGGUAAGGUAUCAUCCACUGCUUGCCCACCUUUUCACACGACUUGGAAAUGAUUUCUGCUUCCUCUCUUUCGGCUUGCGUUAGCUUGUCAGCCUCACAAACACACGGUUUAACUUCUACUCCCAUUGCCUCAGUCUUCCAAAAAUCUGACAUUUCUACCGGUGCAGCAAAUCUUACAUGGUAGACGCGACCAUUCACUUGUGUUUCUCCUGACGGUCCACCGAAAACUACCCAUCCUAGAGGUGUUCUUCUUGCAACUAGCUGUCCAGUUUGCCUGGUCUGUCCAGUAUGCAUCUGGGCGUGGUCGAUUCCUAUUAGUAAAUCGACAGGACCAUUGCCUCUGCGUAUCCUUUCGCUCUCCAGUCCAAGAAGCUUGGCGAUCGGUCUAAGCUGGACUGCUGACACUUCCUCACUAAUGCGCGGAAUUCCAAUUGCCUUGAUUGAGAACAUCUCGGUGUUGUCAAUUGAUGAUACAGGAACUUUGUAAACUUUGGUCUUGAUCGUCUCCUCUUCUCCUCCCACUUUCGUAAGUGUUACGGCGGUGUCGUUUCCUUUGAGUCCCAGUGCAGCUGCUGUUUCUUCGCGGAUUAGGCUGAUCUGCGCUCCCGAGUCAAGGAGAGUGUUGCUUUGCUUUUGGAACCCAUUUUGACCGUAAAUCUUGCAUGUUACCACCGGCAAAAGAGUUUCAUGUGGCUCGGAGAGUGACGCGACGCCAACUUUGACUGCGGUGCUCUUGUGAAGCAACGGGUGAUGAAAAUGCAUGCAUUCCCUUCCGUUCUCGGUUUUCGUACACUUUCUACGUCUCCUACAGUUGUCAACUCGGUGUUCUCUUCCGGCUGCUUUCAUGCAACUAAAGCACACAUGGUUUUCUUUGGCGACUUUUAUACGUUGGUCGAUACCGAGGGCAGCGAAUUUAGGGCAUGUAUCUGGCCAAUGGGACGAGUUUUUACAGUACCAGCAUUUGUACCACUUCUGGUUGGGAGCUUCGACUUGCAAGGCAUAGACUGAUCUGCUAGAUCUCAAUGGAGCAGUAGCACGCAUACGUGAUUUCAUCUCUACGUCCAUCCACUUCAUCAGUCGCUCUAAAGUUGCUUUUUCUCCCUGACGCUCCAAGUCUCGUGACCAAACCUUUCGAUCAUCCGAACACAUUUUUUGCUCAAUGAUAGAUAGCAUGUGACUGUUGUCCAUGUCAUUUUGACUUCCGACCUCCUUCAGAGUGUUGAAGCUUCGUUUAACCAAAUGGACUAAGUCGCAAAAUCUUGCAUCUUCUCCUGGUUGCAGAGCUCUAAACUUUACUAUGUCUUGCGUGAUGGUGUCGGACACGAACCUUGGAUCUCCGUAAAUAGAGUCCAAAUAAUCCCACGCUGCCUUAUAGUCCGAACCUAUCCCUUUGAUUAACUCUAAUGGUUUAUCUUGCAGACAUGUGCGAAGAAAAGUUAUUGCAUCUCUUUUGCUGUAUUUCGAUUCUAUCGCGUGCUUAAAAUCGGCGCGAAAAAUGGCAUAAUCUCUUACGUCUCCGGUAAAUUUAGGCAUCUUUGGCUUUUCCAUCUUAAAACCACAGGCGCCGGUUGUAGCAUUGGGGUUUACUUCAUGUCCGGAAACAACGGAUGUGCCUUCAUGGUCUGGUGUGAAAUUAUCAUUACCGGAACUUGUACUUUGAUGGGUGCUAAUUGGAUUGAUUGGAUGAUCAUUAUCGCCAGAACUUACACUAAGCGCGUCUUCUUCUAUUUGCAUAUUCAGAAUUCCACUACUUCCCGGCUCACCAACACCACUAUUUUUCGUUUUAGAUGCUGUAGAUGUAUGAUUAGUUUUCAUCGGGGCCUUUUCCUUACUGAAGAAAGAAUCCAAAUAUAUUUUUGCGUCCAUUUCCAUUGACAUAAAGUCUUCUUUGGCAUUCCCCAUCCAUCCCUCUUGCACUUCGAACUCAGUGUCAUCUUCGAUUAAACGCGAAUAAUUUUCAUGCUUCGCCACAAGAUUGUCAAAGGCUAACUGCAGUUUACGUAGACCAUCUCUUACCUCUUGCUCUGGUCUUUUCGCUUCUAUUAACUUCGCUAAGGACUUUCCACAGCGUGUGAGCGUUCCUUUGGCAGUCCUCCGAUCAGUUUUGGCAGUUUUCAGGGCUUCCUCCGCCAUGUGCUCAGGAUUGCGUAGUUCUUCGUUACAACCCAGAAAUCGAAUGUAAUGUUUCCUUACUGGGAACUGAUUAGAUCAAGUGACCACCACAAACCGUAUAAUAUUAAGCCAAGCUUUAAUAAUUAUUCGAUCUAAAAGAAAUACAUUUAUAAUUCGCAAUUAGAACAAACGCAAAUCAAGUCUUUAUCUUGUAACUGAAUUCAAAAACUUCAAUAUAAACUUACUUCUGUGGCGGGUCGUUACAACAGUCUCACUUUACGGGUUAGCAGAUUCUCCAGGUAAGCGGAUUUAGAGACAGAAAAACGAUAACAAAAUAACUUCUUUCUCACUUCGAUUCUGCUGAAAAACUGACUUAAACAUAAUAAUCUAACGCUUUUAAAUCAAUCUAUUGAAUUAAUGUCAAUCACGAUUCUUGUCAUCGAAUAAAUCUGUCAACACGAGGCAACGCCUAUUUAUUAAACGAAACAACAGCUUCUAAUAAUUGUGUAUAUAAACUUCAUCAUCAUCAUCAUUACCUACCUCUGAUAGUCAGUCUAAUGUACUGCACCUUUCUUGUCUAGAAAUGGAGAAAUCUUCUCUUGACAUGGGAUCCGAACAAAUACGGUGGUAUCAAACGAGUUCGUAUUGAUCCGAGUCUGCUUUGGAUUCCGGACAUCGUUCUAUAUAACAGGUCAGUUACUGUAAAAUUAUACCAGAGUAUUUCUUCAGUUAUCUGAAAUUAUAUGUCGGAUGAAUGUUUGGGUUAUAUCUCGCUUCUUUCGUGAAUUGAUUUGUACAUUUUGGCCAAUUUACCUCUCUGUGUGUAAUUUGCAUAUCUAUAGGUUACCCAAAAACUGCUUUGGUAUCCAAAGUUCAAGAGGUUACUUUACUUUUUUGCACUUUGAAAUCGGAGGUCCGCGUGUGAAAACAAAUAGGGAUGAGUUCUUGGACAAUACCUAUGAUACAGAUAGGAUUUAACUUAGAAAUUGCAAUAUUUUCUCUCUACAGUGCAGACAGUGAGUUCAGCGGUGGACUUGAAAAGUACAAGACUCGUGUUAUCAUUGACCACGAUGGGACCAGUGCCUGGUACAGCCCAGCCUCGUUUCGAAGCACGUGUCCGAUUGAUGUCACUUACUUUCCGUUUGACCAACAGACUUGCACGAUGAAAUUUGGCUCCUGGACGUUUGAAAUGGUUGACCUUGAUAUUCAUGCUGACAGGUCUCCUCUUCAUUCCACGCAAUAUGUAAAAAGCGCGGAAUGGGAUUUGCUUGGAGCUUCCAAGAAACGUAACGUGCAAUCAUACGCUUGUUGUGAUUACCCUUUUUCCGAUGUUACCAUCGAGUUCGUGUUCAAACGGAAGCCUUUAUUUUACAUUUUCAAUCUGAUAGUUCCAUGCAUGAUAAUCGUGUCAAUGGUGCUGCUGGGCUUUUUCCUACCUCCCGAAUCUGGAGAGCGAAUAACUCUAAGUAUUACCGUCCUGUUAGCUAUGGCAGUGUUUCUGCAACUUGGGGCAGAAAAUUUGCCAAGGAAUUCUGAGAGCGUACCGGUAAUGGGUAUUUUCUACAUCACAGUCAUGAUAGAGGUCGCCAGUUCUCUUAUCGCCACAUGUUACAUCUUGCACAUUCACCAUCGGAACUCUGGGACUGCCGUAGUGCCUGUUCCCAGGUGGGUCAAUGUAUAUAUCCUCGACAAGCUCGGAAAGUUUUUGGGCGUGAAGAAGCCUGUUACAGAGGACAAUUAUGACUUGUCGGCGGAGGUGGAUUUUAAGAGAAUCUCUUUGAUGAAAAAGGACUUGGACAAAAGGUUUGGCAGUACCAACAACCACGUUAAAACAAAGCUGCUACAUGACACGCGCUCACGAACUACAACAAAAUCCACUUUAAACUCCCCCGAAGAGUUUUGCAUGACCUCUUCAACGAACUCCGUCACAAGCACAUAUCCAAAGAUGGACACUCACCAAGAGAAAAAUCACAACAACGACGGUGGCUGCAACAGUGCCAAAACUGCACAAGGUGUCAUGGUGCUUGUAGACAGUUUGAAGCAUCGUCGGCAAAUCGAGAAGAAUCAGGAAGAAUGGAGGCAUCUUGCUAUGGUCUUAGAUCGAUUAUUUUUCUGGAUUUUUGUAGUGGUCAUAUUAAUCUCUACUAUUGUUGUUCUCAGUAGAGGAGCUUAG